AAAAGACAAAAACACCCUUCUCCCUCGUUCCAGCACAAAAUCAGCCAACACCCAAAAUCCGAAAGUAACCACUUAUUUUCCAUGAUUUAACAGUCACAUUUGUCAAAGCAAUUUCAACAUUUCCUUUUCCUCUUCCUUAAUUUAUCCUUUUCCUCUCUCGAUCUGCAUUUCUCUUCAAAGACCCACUUUCUCGUUCAACAAUCUUGGCUUGAAAGUCUCUCCAUUCCCCAAUUUUUUAAUUAAUUCUCUGGUGUUUUAUGUUUACUGCUAUUAUUCCCGCACAUGAGAAAGUGGAGCUCUGCAAUUGCAAACACACACUCUCUCUCUCUCCAAUUAUCACCCCCUCUCUGUCUCUCUCCCACUCCCUCUGCGAGAUUUCAGAUGGGAUGUUGAAAAAGCUCUCACUAUAACCCAAUGCUUGUGCGCUGCUUGCUAGCUCCAAAAUAUCUGCCAUGGCGGCUGCUACCCAGAUAACAAAACUCGCCGCAGCAGCCUUCUUCCUCUUCACCUUCUCAGCCGCUGUCGUUCACAGCGCUACGACGGACCCGGGCGAUUUAGCCGUGCUGAAUCAGUUCAGAAAAAAUCUCGAAAAUGCGGAGCUUCUGCAAUGGCCUGCCAAUGGCGGCGACCCAUGUGGGCCCCCCAGCUGGCCCCACGUCUUCUGCGAAAACGGAAGAGUGACUCAGAUUCAGGUGCGGGGUUUAGGUCUCAAAGGCCCUUUGCCGGAAAACUUCAACCAAUUGUCUAAACUGUUCAACAUCGGCCUUCAAAGGAACCAGUUUACCGGAAAGCUGCCGUCUUUCAGCGGUCUUUCCGAAUUGAAGUAUGCGUAUCUGGACAACAACAACUUUGAAACAAUCCCAUCUGAUUUCUUCGACGGUCUCGUGAAUUUGGAGGCGAUGGCAUUGGAUUACAACCCUCUCAACGCCACCACCGGCUGGUCCUUGCCGGAGGCGCUCCGCGGCUCGGCUCAGCUGACCAAUCUCACAUUGAUGGGCUGCAAUUUGGCCGGACCGCUGCCGGAGUUUCUAGGGACCAUGUCGUCCCUGCAGGUUUUAAGGCUGUCGAAAAAUCGGCUUUCCGGCAGCAUUCCGGCGAGCUUUAAGGGGUCUGUUCUUGCAGAGCUUUGGUUGAAUGAGCAAACUGUGGGGAUGUCUGGUUCAAUCGAGAUCGUUGCCACCAUGGCUUCUCUCACUAGCCUCUGGCUUCAUGGGAAUCACUUCACAGGUAGAAUUCCAGACAACAUUGGUGAUUUGGUUUCAUUGCAAGAUCUUGACCUCAAUGGGAAUGAGCUUGUUGGCUUGAUUCCUGCUAGUUUGGUUGGAAUGAAGCUGGUUAGGAUUGAUUUGAAUAACAAUCAUUUUAUGGGGCCUAUGCCUAAAUUCAAUGCUGCUAAUGCUACUUAUGGAUCAAAUCCAUUUUGUUUGCCUAACCCUGGAGAUCUCUGUGCCCCUUCUGUGAUGGCUCUGUUAGAGUUUCUUGAUGGUGUGGAUUACCCUUCUAGGCUCGUGGGCUCGUGGUCGGGUAAUGAUCCGUGCAGACAGUCUUGGUUGGGAGUAGGGUGUGAUCCUAGUGGAAAGAUCAUCACAUUCAACUUGCCCAAUUCUAAUCUUUCUGGUGUAUUGAGCCCUUCCAUUGCCAAUCUUGAUUCCUUAACUCAUAUAUAUUUGCAGUCUAACAAUCUCUCUGGUUUGGUUCCAUCAAAUUGGACUAGUUUGAAGUCUUUGGCAGUGUUGGAUUUGAGUGACAACAAUAUUUCCCCUCCACUUCCAAAGUUUAGUGCAAGUGUCAAGCUUGUUUUAGGUGGGAAUUCCCUUUUGAAUCCAUCUCAAAACAAUAGCACGUCAUCUCCGGGCUCACAGUCCUCGCCUAGGUUGCCUUCCUCGUCUGAUUCUGUCAAUACCACGCGCGAUUCCACUGCAGGGAAGCGUUCAAAUAAGCUCUACGUGAUUGUUGCACCUGUUGCUUGUUUUUCGGUUCUAAUUUGCUUGGUUGUGCCACUCUCGAUGCACUUGUGUAAGAAGAGGAAAGGCAGGGUGCCUACCUCCCUUGUGGUGCAUCCGAGAGGCCCGUCUGAUUCAGACAACAUGGUCAAGAUUGUGGUCGCGGAUAACACAAACAGGAGUGCUUCCUCUGCUGGCUCUGCCAGCGUGAACAGCGGCCAGUCUCAUGUGAUUGAGGCGGGGAACUUGGUGAUCUCGGUCCAGGUUCUCCGAGAUGUGACCAAGAACUUUGCCCCAGAGAAUGAGCUUGGGCGUGGCGGGUUUGGGGUGGUUUAUAAGGGGGAGUUGGAUGAUGGGACUAAGAUAGCAGUGAAGAGGAUGGAGGCGGGCGUGAUCAGCAACAAGGCGUUGGAUGAGUUCCGGUCUGAGAUCGCUGUGCUCUCCAAAGUUCGGCAUAGGCAUUUGGUUUCUCUGUUAGGAUUCUGUGUUGAAGGGAAUGAGAGGAUUCUGGUUUAUGAGUAUAUGUCGGAGGGGGCUCUGAGUAGUCAUCUUUUCCAUUGGAAGAAAUUGAAUUUGGAGCCUCUUUCUUGGAAAAGGAGGCUCAAUAUUGCCCUUGAUGUUGCAAGGGGGGUGGAAUACCUUCACAAUCUAGCUCACCAAAGCUUCAUUCACAGAGACCUUAAGCCUUCUAAUAUUUUACUUGGUGAUGAUUUUCGUGCGAAGGUCUCAGAUUUUGGGCUCGUGAAGCUCGCCCCGGAUGGGGAUGGGAAUGGGGAGAGGUCUGUAGUCACCCGCCUUGCUGGGACUUUCGGGUACCUUGCUCCUGAAUAUGCCGUUACGGGCAAGAUCACGACCAAGGCGGACGUCUUCAGCUUUGGAGUUGUGUUGAUGGAGCUUCUGACCGGAAUGAUGGCACUGGAUGAGGAGAGGCCCGAGGAGAGCCAGUACUUGGUGGCGUGGUUCUGGCAGAUAAAAUCGAGCAGGGAGAAGGUGAUGGGGGCGGUGGACCCGGCCCUAGACGGAAAGGAGGAUAUCUCGGAUAGCAUCGCCAUCAUUGCUGAGCUGGCUGGUCACUGCACGGCCAGGGAGCCGGGGCAACGGCCUGAUAUGGGGCACGCUGUGAACGUGCUGGCCUCCCUCGUUGAGAAGUGGAGGCCACUCAACGACGAGGCGGAGGAGUAUUGUGGGAUCGACUACAGCCUUCCCCUCAACCAGAUGGUGAAGGGCUGGCAGGAGGCAGAAGGGAAGGAGCAUAGCAGUAUGGACCUUGAGGAUAGCAAUGGCAGCAUCCCGACUCGACCUGCCGGCUUCGCCGACUCCUUCACCUCGGUUGAUGGCCGUUAGGGUUAGCUAUUCAUUUUUUGUUCAUAAUUAAUUUUGUCAUGUUGUUUUCAUUUGUUUGUUGUUUGCUUACGUUGUGUAUGUGUAAUGCUUGAUGCCAGUUUUGUUGGUUUGUAGAUAUUGGAGAGUUAGAGCAGUCCCUCACUGCUGCAUUCUUGUUUUCUAAUUAUUAAUGAAUUUGUGUUUUUGUGAGCA